AUGCCUGAGUCUCAAUCAGAUAUCCCACGACUUGAGAUUCAAUAUGCUCGCUCCACUCAAAAGUGGAUUGAUGGAUCCGACAAAAUUCAGAUCAUUGAAGUUUUUGUGAACAACGUUGGGUCUUCCUUCAUUACACAAAAAGAUAGUGUGCGCAUUCAGGUUCAUUCACCUGGUCUCAAAAUCGUGACUGAGGGUAUCAUCAAACGGCUGGGUCCUGGAGAUCAAGCAACACUUGAAAACAAGAAAGGGGGUCCCAUCAGCCGUGGUCCAGCAACAGUCACUAUCAGCGAGCAUAAGAUUAUUUCGGCGCCAUACUCCUUCAAUUCAAGCUAUGGAAUUCACCCAUAUGAGGCAAAUUACGAGUCCAUUUACAGCCAUGAAUCACCUAACUGGUAUAACAACGCCAAAUUUGGGAUCUUCAUACAUUGGGGGGCUUACUCCGUGCCAGGCUGGGGAGACUCUGGAUCUAAAGAAAAUUAUGCUGAAUGGUGA